AUGGUAGAAAUAUACGAGCGCCCUGGGCCCCCAGCCCCUCCAGCUGAGGACGAAGACUGGCCCCAUGGAGACGGCAUUCCCGAUGACGAUGUCAGAUCCGCCAUAGCCGCCAUCACGCACGCCAGACAGUUCUGGGAUAGGUAUGAAGACCCCACUAGCAGGAAAGCCAAGCAGAGAGAGAAAUUCUAUACCUUACUAGACGGUCACAUCGCGCGACUCGAGGAUGUUUGGGAAGCUGUAGCUUCAUACGACGCGGGAAAUUUCUCUUACACGUCGCGAGGCUCAACAAUGGACACCAUACUGCGGGAUCCCAAAACCCGUAACUUGUGGGAAGGGCUAAUUGCCGAGCAAGAGGCAAAAGACGAGAACGAUGACACUAUGAAACCGCUCCAUAAGCUGGAGCAGAAGCUUCGUCGGAUUGCACUGACUGGCAUCCACGUGGGCAACCUCACCAAGAAGCACACCAAGACUGAGAAGGCAGCUGGAGGACCUGACAUUCGAAAGCCCGUGUACGCUUCAUGGUCCAAGGAUCAGAAGCCGCUAUAUCGGACGUACACGGGGAUGCUAGUUCGCCAGCCAGACAUAGUAUGGCUGCCGAACGCGACAGUCUUUGCAGCUGAGAAGGAAGCCAAGAUUCGAUGGCGCGAUGUCAGGGGCGUAUUGACCCUGUACAAGACAAAGAAGCAGCUUUUGCCGGAACACGACACCGCAGCUACCAACCAGUCCUGGAGUAUCUGGCAGGAUCGGGUCGACGCCAGUGAGCUUUGGGCAGCUAAGCUGGCGUCUUUACGGAAGCUUACCCCCAAAGCAAACAGCGCUACGGUCGCAUACGCAGCGGCAUAUUUGGAGCACUACCGAGAGCAUGAGCCUAAUCUGAAGACCAUGCGCGACUGCGAAGUUGACAAGUUCAUAGUCCAGUUCUUGGAUGCAAGAGUACUGCGACCGGAAGCUGGUACGGACGAUGAUUUGAAGCUCAAGCCAUACAAGUCUCCUAGGGAUGUCGGUAUCUUUGCGUCCAACUAG